CAGAACUUGGAAAAAAAGUGUCAGUUCCAACGUAACUGCGACAUUGUGAGAGAGUUAAGCGAUUCCAUGUAGUGCGUGCACGUAAACGUGCAUUAACGACGGGAACUCGGGAUUUUGCACUUUUGUUCAGUCGGGUUGCUGUGUCGAGAUUUCGAAACGCAAGAUCAAAAGGCAAACGGCAAGAGAAGAUCAAUGCAUACGGCGAUUUUCUGCUGUGUAAUGUUUUAUCAGGUGAGCGAUAUACAACAAGCGAGAUGGACGAGUAUGAUAAGAAAUUCGCUGAGAUGCAAAAGUACAUUCCGUUUUUGGAAGCGAUGAUAGAGCGAUUGCAAAACGUUAAGGACAAAUCGCGAGAAAUUCAGCUGCAGAAAAUGCAAAGCCUACACGGGAUCCUAUCGAACAGCAAGAGAAAGCUGAAGAUCGAGACAUUGCAGCGAUGCGAAGACGUUCUGCAGAAGUUGCAUAACAAAGUAGAAAAGUUUCAGGGAAAUACACCCGGAUUGCAUUUUCCGCACAAGAAAAAUGAUGCUAGUUCUUCACAAUCUUCAAACAUGCCUGAAGACGUAAAGCCUCAACAUACAGAAGACGCAAUGGAGGACCGAGAAAUUCACGAGACGCCGGCCAGUCCGAGUCCCCCAGUUAGCCCAGACUCAGGUUCACAAGUUGCACCGAUAAUAAUUCCUACUGAACGUAGCAUCGAUUUCGAUGACAAAUCUGACAGCAAACCAGCUUCUCCCGAUCCUAUAGAAACUCUGCCAACGAAAGCACCCAUUAUCAUACCUACAGAGAGGACGAGCAAUGAUCUUACUCUCUCUCCGCAGCGUGGUUUGUGCAAGAAUACAGACGAUAUGUCGUUCACUGAAUGGGAAAUGCUCGAAGAAAAUGAAAAUCAAAUGUCAAGAAAUAAAAAUUGGCAGACUAUCAUUACUUCUAAUCAUGACGUGGCCUCCGCGGCCAAAAUGGUCGGAAAUAAUUUAUCUCAAAAGAUAAAUGAUGGGAGAACUCACGUAUCAAUACCAAUGCACUCUUCUCGGCAAGUACCGACAGUGUCAGUUCCCUCCUUGGGAGGUUCUAGGAGAUUAUCAUCGAUGUUGGAAAAGAAUCGGUUAAUGGGAAUGAAUAUAGACCAGGUUCCAUCAGAUUCUAGCUCGGAAUUACCGGUAAACGUGUCUGAUGCAAGGUUAAAGUCACCAGACUCGGAAAUCUUGUUUCCAAAAAUCUAUAAGAACGCACCACUGAGACUAAAGGAUACGAUUUCAAGACCUGGUUCAAAGCCAUCUGCACCAUUGUUACUUUCACCGCCUCCUGUUUUUACGGAACCGCCAUUGUCUAUGGAAGAUUUGGCGGAGCUGUUGAACGAGGAAGAUGACAACAAGAUGGAGAAGAAGGGCGAUAGAUCAAGGGAGGAUUUAGGCAAGUUUAAAAAGGAUAAACUGGAAUUGAAUGCGUUAAGUGCAAAUAACAAAGAUACAAAGGCGUCCAAAUCAUUUUUAUUGUCGCAAGAAGAUAUUGAUAGCGAAAGCGAGAGACGUUGGGAGGAAAUAGACAAGCAUAUAGUUAAGUUAACUAGUAGGAAAUGUCUACCCAGUGGUUCAAGUGCUACUUUAAUGACAAAAGUGGAAGCUCUAAAAUCUAAUGAAACCAAGGGACCAAGUCAAGUUACUGUAGGUCACGGCUCUAGUUCGUUUAUGACGAAUACGUUGGUUGAUAACAGAAAUCGACCACCUUCUCCUGGUUCCAAAACCGAACUUCGUUUCGCGGAUAACUACGAGCGACAUCCUCGCCAGUUACGUGAUCAACUCCAUGAUAAAGACAAAUCUAUCAUGCACGGCAUGCAUUGUCGACCUGAUGAUGAUAUGUCCAAUCAGGUCCCUAUACAUCAUGGCGGUUCGUUAAAACCGGAUGAUAGAAAUCCUGUGUUAUAUCAAAGACGUCAGGGAAACAUUGGUCCCGAAAUGAUACCGCCUAGAAUAGAUACGGAAUUCAGAAUGGAUGGUCCUGAAUACUUUAACAGGCAAAUACCGAAUCCAGGGCAUUGGACCUCUAUGCAUCCAUCGAACGAUUUUUGUAACAAUCAGUGGCCACCGCCUUCCAAUUUUAGUGGUAUGCCCAAUUCUCCUGCCCAAACGUACCAACAUUCAAUGGGCAUGCAUCAGGAGAUGUGGAAUGUAGGUCCCAACAGAGAAUCUAUUCAUUUAGACCCUCAUCAAAUGAACGAGAGUCAGUUGAGGUCUAAUCAGUUCUCUUCGAAUAUGAAUACUGGUAUCAGACCUUUAAUGAGUCCAAACACGAGACCUCAAGAUAUGAAUCAUAUUGCACGAUCGGACGAUGUGCCCAAUGUCGAUGUACCUAAUGUACCAACUAUACAGCCUUUAAUUUCGCCUACAAGAUUUCCUGUUGGGCCACAGUACAGGAAUUUUCAGAGCGAAAAUAGGCCUUAUGACCCGCCUUUUGAUAGAGGGAUGGAAUAUCCUCAUCAGAGGCAGCCAUGGGAUUCUCCAGUUAAUCGGCCAAAUGAUGUACCCUACAGAGCAGAGAAUGAAGUUCCUUGUGGGGUGAUGGGGCCUUCAGAUGGUCCUCCAGGGCCUUAUCCGAGGCCUAGUACACCCUGUCCUUGGAACAGAGAUAGGGAUCGUAAUGUAGGUAGAGGUCGUAACACGUUUUACAAUGAAAGAAAUAGAGGGGAACCCAGGAACAGUUUCAAUCGUGAUACUCGUAGACCCGAGUGGUCUAGAGACAAUCAUAAUGAAUGGGACAAUUGUAAUCGGUUCGGCAGGGAUGCCAGAAACAUAUCCGAUCGCGACCCACGGGUUCGCAUAGAGCACAACAUAAUGAAUCAGAGUCCCAACCAAACAAGAGAUAACGGCACUUCAGUGAGAGAUCCUCGAUUGGCUAAGGAUAAGCAUUUUUCCACUACCAAAGGCAAAGAUAGUAAUUUUAAUGAGAGAGAUCCUAGAAAACGUUCUACGGCACCGACUUUUGUAGCAUCAUCGUUCAGAAAGGGCAAAGAUAAACCUAAAUCACCGCCAAAACCAACAGAUAGUCAUAAACGUAUGGAUUCGGAGUGCAGUAAUAAGCAAACACAAGAAAAGACAUCAAAGGACAAAAUGCAGUCACCUUUGGAGAGUUUGUAUGGAGUCAUCGACACAAAAGCGAAAUCUGCGCAAGGAUAUUGUUUACAAAACUUCAAGAUACCUAAAAUAAAACGUAACGAAUCUUCGGAAUCACCUACGUCGAGUCACAUCUCUGAAGAAACUAAAGAGUCUCCUCCGGAAAAGCAGGAAAGUAAAAUUAAGAAAGAUAAAGAAGAUACUACUGCAGAAGUGAGCAGUAGCAGUGAUGGAAAUGUUACACUUGAAAAUUGGAACGAAAGUAAUAUUGCUGACAAAAAGGAAGAACUUAAAGAAGAAAACAUCGCUGGAGAAUCUGUAAAUGACAAAAAUAAUAUGAAUAUUGGUGAGCCAAAUACUAUAAGUACUACUUCUUCCAAAUCAUCCGUUAAUGCCGAAAAGCCUAAAAAAGAGGAAAUGGAAUCUGAAGGAUCCAAGUCGAAGGAUGAGGUAACUCAGGAAUGGAUAGAAGCUUUAAUCAAAAAGUCCUUUGAAUUUGGUGAAGGAAAGAAGUUUGUUGAACAAGCAAAAUUCAUGCAGAAACUGGGUGAAGUAUUACAAGCAAAGAAGCUGAAAAAAAUCAAGAAAAUAAUUGAAUCCGAGUCGGAGAGUAGUAGUUCGGAGAAGGAUGAUACUCCCGAGACAAAAAAGAUUCAGACGAGGAAAAAACGUCGAGUAAUUGUUUCGGACAGUUCUGAUGAAGAGUCUCUAGCUGAAAGACUUGGCGUACUAAAUACAUCAAAUAAAGAAUUAACUCAAGAUACAUCAGUAAAUGACCAAAAAGAAGAAGUAAACAAAAAUGUGGAAAAAAUAACUACAAAUAUCGUCUCUCCUAAUCCUCCGGAAAAGGAACUAGAAUCUAAAAAUUCUGCUAUGCAAGAAGAUACUUCAACUGUAAAAAGUCAAGACACUGUCCAAGAAAAGGAGUCAAAUAAUAAAACAAAUAUGGAAAAAGAAAGAAAUGACUUAGAAAUUUCUAAGCAGAUCAUUAAGGAGGAAUCAACUGAAGAUAAAGAAAUUAUUUCUAAAACACCAAAGAUUAAAGCAAAGCGGAGAAACUCUCUCGAAAUGUUGCAAGAAGAUAUUCGAGAAAUGUUUAUCAGUGAUGGUGUUGUAGCAGCAACUGGCCAUCGAUUGUGUAGAACACAAAAAGAAAAUCAAAAUAAUAUCAGUGCAAGCACUUCUAAUCAAAGUGCUACAACUACAAAGAAAGACGAAUCGAAUAAACGUGAUAUGGAUGUAGAGAUUGAAGUAGAAGAUAUACUAGUAGUUUCAACCAAACAAAAGAAACCUACAAAAUCACGUGUUUCUGAGGAAUCAAGUAAACCCAAAGGUAAAUCAAAGAAGGAAGUACAACGAAUCACUCGGCAGCGUUCAAAACAGUGUAAUCAGAGUUCAGAUAGUGAAGAAGAUCAGCCAUUAGCACUGAGAACAGAAAUAGUUCAAAUUCCCAGUUCACUGCCUAAUCAAGAACCAUGUACUGAUGAAUCUGAGGUAUUAAGACGGAGUAAACGUAUAAUUAAUAAGGAAGCGAUAAAGGAACCGCGUGUAGUUGUUGAGAAAACAGAUAUUUCUAAGUUGGAAUGUUCUAAGGUAAUGUUUGAUAGCUCAUCUGAUGAAAGUUUUGGAAUAGAUGUGUCUGAAUUGGCUGCAGCUGUGGAUAUUUCGCUCCAUCCAGAUAAGCAGCCAGAAUCCGAACCUACAGAACCAACAGAAAAGAAAAAGUAUAGCCAAACUUCUUCUAGAAAGUCUACAAGGAAAAAGGGAACUGAACUGACAAAUGAAAGUAAAGACGAUGUCCAAUUUACAGAUGAAGAAAGUAUUACUUCCGAUAUUUCGAUGUCAAGUAGCAUAGCUUCGGGGAAGAAAGCAGGUACUAAUUCAACACGAAUAGACACAGGAGCAAAUGAGAAGCUCUUGAGCAACAUUUUAGUAGGAUUAGUACCAAUAAAGAAUGACGUAGAUAAGGAUUCAUCAAUAAUAGAUAAGGAUUCGUCAGUAAUAGCUAAGGAUUCGUCAGUAAUAGCUAAGGAUUCGUCAGUAACAGAUAAGAAUUCGUCAGUAAUAGACAAGGAUUCAUCAGUAAUAGAUAAGGAUUCGUCAGUAAUAGGCAAGGAUUCAUCAGUAAUAGACAAGGAUUCAUCAGUAAUAGAUAAGGAUUCGUCAAUAGUAGACAAAGGAAGUGAUGCUGAUGUCGAUGAUGAUGUUAGCGAUCAAUUACCGGUUGAGUCUAAUACAAAGAAAUCUUCAACGAAGAAGAAAAAGAAAAAAUUUAAUUGGCAGAUGGGUAUCCUGUCUAAAAAGAGACGGAAAAAGACAGCUUCUCCCAAGGGCGAUUGUGAUCUUAAUACUAGUUCUGAGAUGGAUACUUCUAUCAAAAUGGUUAGUAACUCAGUUUCGAAAGACACAGGAAGCAAAGAAAGUAAUUCAUCCAACAAUACGAAUCAGAGCAUUCUACAAAAAUCCGCGGAUGAUGUUAAAGGUACUAAUUGCAGUCCGAUAUUUCAUGGUAAAAUAAAAGACCAAAAAGAAGAGAUAUCGUUAACAUGUAAUUCCACCGAGAAAAAAGAAUCUUUAUGCAAACCUGUUGUUAAUGAAAAUUUAUCGGAUGCUAAUGAUGUUAUAGAUGAAAAAGGUAAUGAAAAACUUGCCAGUAAUGUCGAAAAAAACGUCAUUAAGAAUAAAGACGAGCAGGAUAAAUCUUUUUCUGAUUUGGAUAUACAACAAUUAAUCGAGUAUGUUUGGACAGGACAAGAAAAGUACAAAUGCUUACUCUGUUUCUUCACAGGGAAAAAUAUUGUUCACCAUUAUAAAUUAAACCAUCCUGGAAAAGAAAUACUGAUUUCCAGAUUAAAAAUUUCGGAUGCUUUAUUAGCUAUUCAAGACGCAAAAGAUAAUAACGUAGAAGAUGAAUCAUUGAAAUCCCUUGCAGAGGAAACUUGCAAAUUUCGUUGUAGAUUUUGCUCUUUGUUUAUCGAAGGCGCUGCCAAAGUUGCAAUGGAGGCAUUUUAUGAGCAUUGUACCACUCACACAGGAGAAUACAGAUUUCAAUGCAAUAGUUGCCCUUAUCAAGCUGUAGCCAAAUCCUCCAUGAGGACCCAUUACUAUAAAGUAUGCCGUAAAUUUAAAGAUACUUUCGCUGACGCCAUAACUGAGCAUGAAAUACCUGACGAAAAUGGCAUUUAUGGUUAUUUGUGUUCAUAUUGUAAUUACGUUCAAUUAAAGAAGUCCAAUGUGGAAGAACAUGUUAAUCUGUGGCAUAAAGAUGUCACAAAUGGUAAGAUUAUUAAGAUAAACAUGUCUUUAUAUUCAGUUAAAAAAGAAGCUGAUGAACAAGUAGAUGUACCAAAGAAAAAGAUAAAAUUGGAAGUACUUCACCUAAGUUCAGAAAAAAAAUCAAUUAAAAAUGUAGAAAUUCCGCCUGAACAAAAAGAUGAUGACAUUACUGAAAUAGAAGUGGUAAAGAGCAAUAAAACUUCUGAUGAAAAUAAAAAAAUAAAAGAUAUACCUAAAGCUAAACCACAGGAAGAAGAUCAUUCCAAAGUACAGACUAUUAAUGAUGAAAAGACAAAAUCAUCACAGAUGGAUACAGAUUCAGGUUUGUCAUCAGGAAAUCUAAGUGUGUUCGUUUGUCCUCCAGAAUUGGAAAAGACGGAAGUGGAGAUUCAGCUAGAACGGAAGAGGAAAAUGCAAGAAAUUAUUCAAAAUAUUGGUAUUAGAUUGCAAAAGGAUGCAUCUAAAAAAGGUUUAUCUAUUAUAGAUAAAUUGAAGGAUAAAAUGAAAACUAAUAUGAUAGCAGUAAGUAAUGAAACUGAUUCUAAUGUAAUACUAAAUUCUCAGAAUAAAACACCAAUCAAUUCCAUGGAUUCAUUAACUUCGGCAUCAUCUCAAAAUAAUAUUACUGAAUUGCCUCAGAAUUCUGAGACUCCUUCCAUAGAAGAGUCAAAAAAAAAUAUAUCCUCGUCUGAAGAAACUUCAAACAAUAAACAACCUAAGGAUUGUAACUUACAGACACAACCUUUAUCCAGUAUAGACUGUGAUUCUCAACCUAUAUCUGAAGAAAAUCCAACGUCAAAAGUCAAGGAUCCAUUGGCAACAUUAGAUCAGAAAAAGAAUGACGAAAGUGACACAGAAAUUAGUGAUAACACAAAUAUAAAGGAUGUUGCUUCUAUUUAUGACUCUGAUUCUAGUAGUGAACAGUCAGAUAGCGAAAUGCCUACAGAUGUUAACAUGAUUUUGAAAGAAACUUCAAAUAUUAAUACAUCUUCCAAAGAUCCAAUGCUUACCACUAUUCAGAGGCUUGCUGCUCAACUUCAAGCAACAAAACCACUUGAAACAUGUAAAGAUGAAGUUUACUCUAAAUCUGAAGAAUCCAAAGAAGCUUCACUUUUUGGUUCUAUUCCCAAACCACCAGAUGUUGUUCCCAUAUCUAAUAUCAAAAAAUUUGUCGGGAAAAUGGAAAAUAAAUUCCACGAGAUAUCACAUGAACCACAUGAAGAUAAUAAUCCGCCUAAGAACUUCAUUCGAUUAAGACGUCUUAGUGGAGACAUAUUAUCAGUACCUAUACAGCCUUUAGAUGUUCAAGAAGAAUCACUAUCAAAGACCAAUCCGGGUCCUAGUACUUCAGAGAAAAAAAUGGAUUCUGUAUUAAAACCAGAUAUAGAGGAAGAGUGUUCAUUCUUAAAAAUUGAAAGUGUAGUUAGUCUUGCUCCAAGGAUUGAUAAUGAUAGUGUCGAAUACCCCAUUAUACAUGACAUAAGAAAAGCAAUGGAAACCUCUCCUAUAAAAAGCAAAGGUGUAUCUUUAUUGAAAAAAUCUAAUUCACCUCUAAUUUUAAAAAGACUCAAUACCGUGACUAUUGCACAACCAUUAACAAAAAAUAUCCAGGGAGUGCAAUCCACAUCAGAGACAGUGAAACUGAUACCAGUAAAGAGUCUGUCUCCUUCUCCAGUUUCUGUGUCUGCUUCUCAACUCACCACCAAUUUCAUUCCAAUUGCCCCAAAGUCAAAAAUUAUCCAAGUAGAUAAUAAAUUAUCUUUUCCUAUUUCUGCAAGUAAGAGUACAGUUGUAACUCCGGUGAAUGCACGAACUAUGAGUGUCGCUGGAUCGUCACAACAGCCAAAUUUAAAUUAUAAAAUUCUAAAAGUUGUUCGGACACCUGCAAUCAUAAAACCAAAAGAACCUGUAGCUCCAACGACGGCAGUUAAAUUAAAAUCCGCAGAUGCUUAUAAUGCAAUGUUAAAGGCUGCUAAAUUGAUUCAUUUGUAUAAAUGUAUGGCACGUGAUUGUCGCUUUACCACCGAUAUAUUGGCACAAUAUCAACAGCAUUAUCUUCAACAUGCUAAUGAGAUCGAGAAAAAAAAGGCGUCACCGCCAUAUGAUUAUCAGAAAUGUGCCUAUUGUUACAUGGUAUUAGAGGAUUGGAAUCAAAUGAAAAUACAUAUCGAUGAAAAACACGCGCAUUGUCGUUAUCAGUGCAUUUACUGUUUUUAUAGAGCUGUUGCACCUUCUUAUGUACAAAUACAUCAGACAAUAGCUCAUCCUGGCCAUCGUGGUAUAUUACUUGGUAAAUUAGUGAAAGAAAUACCAUUAAAAGAAGAAAUUAAUCGACAUGACAAUGUACAUCCUUAUGUGUGUCAACAUGAUUGUGGAAAAUUCUUCUUUGUUCCUGAAUCUUUUACGGCACAUUUAAAAAAUAAACAUGGGUCAUUCCUUUCAACCUAUAAAUGUCAUGUAUGCCGUGUUACUUGCCCAAAAGUGGAUCAAUUACUUGUGCACUAUAAAAUACACGGAUUUUACAAGUACCAAUGUUUGUAUUGUUUGAAUGGCUCUGACUAUUUCAGUGAAAUGCACAAUCAUCUGAGUACGUUUCAUUGUAACCGCUUACCUCAAGUUCUCGAACGAUCUCUUCCUUCUCAGCCUGUACGAAAUAAAGAUGUAAUAGACCAGUUAAUCAUAAGAACAUUAGAUGAUACAUUUAAAAUUACAGAAGAAAUAAUUGAUGUAGAAAAUGAAGGAAAAGACAAUAAUAAAGAAGUGGUAAUACAUGUUGCUAAUACGUCACCAUCUCACAAGAUACUCUGUCCACAAUUACCUAAAGAUGUAAUUAUGUUGAACAAAGAUGAAAACGGGACAUUAAAUAAAUCAAUAUGUAGCUUAUUUGGAACUAGCAACAAUACAACUAAUUCUCUUAGUGCUAACUUUUCACAUCAUGAAAAAUCAUUAAAUGAAAAUACCAAUGAUAGUGCCAUGAGUAAAAUGUUCGGAAAUUUGAUAAAUGAUACAGCAACACCAGUUUCAAAUAGAGAAUCCACAGAUAGAAAUUCUUUGGAUAAAUCCAAAAAGAUUAAUGCUCCAUCUGACAGAAGUUCCAUGGAACCAAUAGAACCUUCUAAUGGAACUUUUGAUUGUAGCGAUGAAUUUAUAAAUAUUAAUUUACUUGACAAUCCUGAUUUCUUGAAAAAAGUUAGCAACCAUCCUAGUGACAUAUCUAAAACAGAUAUUAAGAAUUCAACUGCUAAUGAAAGUAAAAUGGAAGAUAGUGACAUUGAAAUUGUAGAUAUUGAUGAUACUGAAAUUAUUUUAACAAAAAAUAUAAAAUCCGAGUCAAACAAAAAAGAGAGCAUUGAUGCAAGUGAAAAAUUAAAAAUGGAUACAGAAAAUGAUACAAAAGAACAAUCUUGCAAAGAUGUUAAAGAUGUUAAAGACGUUAAAGACGUGUCUAGUAAAACGAAUGAAAAUUCUAGUAAUAUCACGAAAACGGAUAAACCCUUGACAUUAGAGGAUAUCAAAGAUACUGGCAUUUCAGGUACAAAAUUAUACAAAUGUGGCUAUGAAGGAUGUAAAUAUAGUGGACAAACUGCAGCUCAUUUAAGACUACAUGCAAAAGAAUGUUCUUUCGGGGGCGGGAAUAAAAACUUGUCCUGUGUACAUUGUAAUAAACGUUUUUUAAAAAUCGGAUUUUUAUUAGAACAUUUAAAAUCACAUGGAUUAAAGCGAUUUGGCUGUUCGUUAUGUAAAAUGAGAUGCACGGUGGGUUACCAAGCGAUGGCGCACAUGAAGAUGAAACAUAAGUAUCCGUAUAGUAAAUUAGUGCCAGCUGAUCCAAAGAAUCCAUCCGUAGAUGGGUUAUUUAUUGUACAACCUAUUCGUCAAAAUGGAGAACGUAAAGGAAAGAAACGUAAAUCUAAUACCAAGACAACCGAAAAAAAAAUGGAAAAGACUGUAACGGAUAGCGAAAAAUUCACCUUUAGUCCAGAUGAAAUAGAGUCUCUACCGCGUCAAGCAAUUUACAAUCGUGAAGUACAAUGUGCAGUAUGCCCAUAUACGACAAAAGUUCGUAUGAACAUUAUUAGACAUCUGCAGUUGCACGCAAAAGACGAAAGUGUACCAGAAAGUGGUCCCGUUAAUCCUGUGCCUUGCUUAGAUAAGAAAGAGCGGAUGUUUGAUAAAAUGGUGAACUUAGCAAGUAGCUCCCACCAAAAUGGCCGAAUGGGAGGGAAACCGAAGGAGACUAACAAAAGUAAUGACGACGAAUUCAUUCCAAAAUUUGUACCAGAGCAUAAGAGAUACGUAUGUGGUGUAGCUGAAUGCAAUUAUUUAACGGUUGAUGAAGCGAUGUUGCGAUGUCAUUUAAAGGCUUUGCAUUCCGAAGAACAGUAUUUCCGGUGUCCUCAUUGUCCACAACCACCACCAGGUCAAGAGGGAUUAAAUAUAGCAAUUGAUAAAAUGGGUGUUCAUUUAAAAAUGCACGAUACCAGACUUUAUAAAUGUUCUCACUGCAAUCAUCAUCAUUACCAUAGACACAUUGUGGAAAGACAUCUUUCUGAUAAACAUCCCGAGAAAAGACCUUUUGUAAAAGUGAUUAGAGAGCUAGAAAACACAGAAAAUCAACAAUCUAUACAAGAAGAAAUUGAAGAGGAUGUUCCAGAUCCAGAUGGAAAUCACUGGAAAUGCAACAUCUGUGAUUAUAAAUGUGUUUAUAAAGCAGAAAUGGUUAACCAUACAUCUGUCACACAUGAUGAGAAAUGCCAAUAUAAAUGUAACUCAUGUUCCUUCAAAACUAGUAGCAAAAUCAUGUUUGAACAACAUAUAAAUAGCAAGCACCCUAAUGAAUCAAAUGUUGAUUAUGUUUUAAUUUAUCAACGAAUAAAAGGAGUGAAUAAAAAGAGUACUGAUAAUGUAGAACAAAGUGGACAAGAGGAACCUUUUGAUACUACUCCUCUUUGGAGAAGAGACAUGCCUCGAAUUAGACAUAUUCGCGGAAUCCUUCUUGAAGAAGAAGACGAAGUAUCAACAGAAUCUUCCUUGAAAGUAGGAAAACGGAAAAGUGAUGUAGAAUUACCAGCUGCUAAACCUACUAAAAUGAAGCCAGGGAAGUCUGGUUCAUUAGAUGACACGAAACAAGUGAAAGAGAAAUCUAAACGGUCGUUAUCUUGUGAUAAAGUAUUAACAGAAGUGGAAAAUACAAGUAACAUUCCUAAUAUGAUAGACAAACCCAAAGAAAGUAAGACUAAAUUAAUUGAAGAUAACGAUUUUAAUGAAUCGGAUGUCGGAAGAUUUGGUCCGUAUGGAAAAUCGGAUGGUAACAUGUAUGUCUGUACUUUGUGUACACAAUUUAAAACGAAAUACAAACAUGAUAUGAGAGAUCAUCUUUACAGAGAAUUAAAUUAUGCUAGAUGGCACUGUAAAGAAUGUGGAUACUUAUCCGUAAAUCGUAAUGCUUUAUUAAAACACUUUUCUAAACAUCAUCGCGGAGAACGUCCUAAUCACGAACCAUUAUCACCGGAUGAUGAUAUCGAAGAAUGGGUCGGAACAUUAUUGAAAAAGCAAACACUCAUGAUAAAAGGAUUAUUACCUAAACAAAAUGCAAGUAACACAGAAAAUUCUACAACCACUAAUGCGGGUGGAAGUGAUACUAAACCAUCUUUUGCUAAAGCUACCCAAGACACUGUUACUAAAACUACAAAAGCUACAAAUUUAACUGAUAAGUCUUCUAGCAAACAAGAUCAUAAAAGUCGAAGUACUGAAAUUAAUUUGGAAUCACAAGAUGAGGGUAGUAAAGAUAAUGCUGCUCCAAUUAUUGAUAUAAAGAAUGACAUUGUAUCGAGGAAAGAGAAAACUGGAAAAAUUGCUGAUGCUGAAAAAGCUGGACCACAAGGUCGAGAAAAACCAUUCACCUGCAAGCAUUGCAAAAUGACAUUUUUCCGAUGGCGUGGUUUUAAACUACAUAUACAAUUGAUACAUUUGAAGCGACUUGGAUUUAUUUGCCCUUAUUGUGAUCGUAGCACAAACUCGGAGAGUUUAAUGCGCCAACAUAUUCGUUCUAAGCAUCCCGGUUGCCCUGAAAAAAUAGUUGAAAAUCCAGCAGCUGAAGGGCCGGAUUUACCGGAAGAAUUUUGGCAACAGGAAUAUGGAAUCGUGUUCCCGAAAAGGAACAGAAAACGAAAGAGGAAGAUUAGCGGAGAAGAAAUUGUAGAUAAGAGCGAUAACCAAUUCCAAAUUGAUCCGCAAGAGAAGUGUAAUCUGUGCAACUUCACUGCUAUGAAUAUGACUGGUCUCAAAAUACAUAUGAGGAUACAUGCGACAAAAAAUACACUGAAAUGUUCUUAUUGUACUUUCACUGCAGCAUCAAAUUCAGAAAUCUGGGAACAUUGGGAAAUGAAUCACCCAUUUUCACCAUUCAAAGUUGAAGACAUAUCACCACCUGAAUCGUCCAACGAAUCUACAGAGAUCGAUCCCGAUAAGAAAACUAUUGCUGACGAUUAUAGCAAUGAUAUAGAGGAGGAACACGUCUCUGAUGUAAGAGAGGAGGAAUCAAUUUAUUAUUGUUUUUAUUGUUCUUUCCGUAGUAAAUCUUUGGAUAUGGUUCAAAAUCAUUGGAACAUAGUGCACAAUGAUUCGACAUUACAGAAUGAUUCUACUAAAGCGAAGUCGAACUAUCCAUUUAGAUAUAAAGAAAUACGCGUGUCUUCGGAAAAAUCGCUCAUAAAAGCUCAAUGCUCAAAAUCGCAAACGGAAAGUCCGUACGAAUUAUAUUUACAGCAAUCGCAUAAUGACGUGCAGGAAAUCGAGGCUCUUGGAUCGAAAGAAGAGGGAUGGAUUUGUCAAUGGUGUAAUGAAUUAUGUGAUACCGAGGUUAAAAUGAAAACUCAUCAUAGUAUGUUCCAUUCACAUUUACCAUUAAACUUUAAAAAACAGGAAAACACAAAAAUGUCUCGAGGAUACAUUUGCCCCGAAUGUUCAUACACCACAACAUUUAUUAAUGUAAUGAAAAAUCAUGUGUCAAAACACAUCAAUUUAUUCAAAUGUAAAUACUGUGACAAAACUUUUAGCUGUCCAGCUGAAGUUUCAUCACAUAAUACUGAAGAGCAUCCUGACAUGGAAUUGAAAAUAGAAAGCAUACAGAAUUAUGAAGAAUUAGUUGAGAAGAUCAUGGUUAAAGUCAAAUGGCAAAAAUCUGGGCAGAGUACAGAUAAAAGUGAAGUUUCAGUAGAAUCAACAUCGAAAAAUGCAGUAGCGAAAAAGUCUACAACCAAAAGUGCAUUUCGUGCAAAUGUUAUUCCUCAUAGAAUAAAGGCGGUAGCAAGAAAAUCGACCAAUCCUCAUUCAAGAUAUCUUGCCAGUAACAAAAUUAAUGACAAACAACAAGAAAUGAAAAGCAAACAAUUUUCCUAUUAUGGCAUUCCUAGAAGUCCAGUUAAUUUAGCCAAAUUGAACACGUACAUGGUAGUUGGCGGGCAUCGAAUGAAAGUAAACUGUACUACUCUUGCACAGUUAAUUAACAUCAACCCGAAGAUAGUAUUGAAAGAUCUCAAGCACGAUAUUAAAAAUAUCGCAACACUUAAAAAAUUGAAAUAACGAAUGGAAAUAUAAAGGGAAAUUUAUUCCCCGAUUUUUCGAGUCUUAAUAUAAACGAACAGUGUAUAAAUAUUUAUUGCGUAACCAUUAUUGGUACGACGAUCAACAGUAACCAAAGUAACUCACGGUAUUAUUUGCUUUUCUGUGACGUUAUACUUAGCAGAUGAUUAUGAAUUUUUCUAAAAUUCCUUAUUCCCUCCUCGUAUUGUGAUGAUACGAGAAAUAUGUAUAGAAU